UUCGAAACUGUUGCCUGAUGUGGUGUCCGAAUGCCCGUAACCAGCAACCAGCUGUCCCGAGCCUUCGUUUCUUCUUCACUGAACCACCCUCUAUAGCGACCACGGAGUAGUCCUAGACAAUGCGCCUACUCGAUGUAGCAACUGUUCUCGACAUCGAAAAGGACAUCCAGCGAGCUGGACCCCACACUAAGUUCUUCGAGGAGUGUGGUGGCGGGACCGCAGAAUAUGUGAUACUGUCGCACCGUUGGGGAGACGAGGUCGACUACAAUGAAAUGGCUCGGCUCAUGAGGAUGACUGAAUCUGACAGGAACGAAAUCAAGCGGCGCGCUGGCUACGAGAAGAUCAUCAAGACUUGCGAACAAGCCCUACGGGAUGGCUACAGGUGGAUCUGGAUCGAUACGUGUUGCAUCGAUAGGCGGAGAAGUUCUGAACUGUCAGAGGCCGUCAAUUCCAUGUAUCGGUGGUACCGUAAAUCGCAGAAAUGCUAUGCAUAUCUCAACGACGUCGAAGACUCGACCUUCCCUACUAAGCAAGACUUCAACAAGUUUGCCAAGUUCAACGGUUGGCCAGAGUGGUUCUCGCGAGGCUGGACGCUCCAAGAACUCAUCGCUCCGAAACAAGUCGAAUUCUUUAACAAGGACUGGGUUCCCAUCGGAGGCAAGCAGGAUCUUGCGGGCAUGUUGGAGAAAAUUACACACAUUCCUCCUGGUGUUUUAAAGCAUGGCCGGAUCCCGAGGACUGUCUGCGUUGCGCAAAUCAUGUCCUGGGCAGCGGAUCGAGAAACGACGCGAAUGGAGGACCGUGCAUAUUCGUUGUUAGGCUUGUUUGAUGUGAACAUGCCUAUAUUGUACGGGGAGGGGGAGAAAGCCUUCCGCAGGUUACAGCUGGAAAUCAUCCGGACUUUCAACGAUCAUAGCAUCUUCGCAUGGAAUCCCAAGGGACAGUUUGACUGGCUUGGCGGCGUCCUAGCAGGUGACCCGAGCCACUUUCGCGGCUGCCAUGACAUUGAAAAGGUGGAACUUGACGAGUUCGUCGACGAAGUAAUGGAUUACUACCAGAGCGGACCUAGCAUGGCCGCCAGCCGCAAAUUCGCUUGUCUGAGAUCCUGCUACUUUACUCUUCGUCAACAACUGCUUCGCCAACAGCUUUCCUCGGAGCUAUUCAUCGUCACGAAUGCGGGCAUUCAAAUUUGCUUGCCUGUCGUACCCCAUUGCGACUCUUCAUCGGUCUUCAGAGCCAUAUUGGCUUGUCGAGACUACUAUGGAAAUCUCAUCACCAUUGACUUGACAUCCCCUGAGCUGCAAAGCUCUUACAGGAUUUCUGCUGCUGUACGCUUUCGGCACUCACGUCCGGAGCUUAGGACUCUGUAUCUCGCUUGCUCGGCUCCGGACACCGAGAAGUACCAUUAUUUCAAACUCGACGACAGACAUGCGUCAUACUACGAUUUCACCCGACGCGGCACCUUCCCGCGCGAGUUCACAAGCGAUACUAUCACAGUCUCAUCCCUCACAAAUGAUCUCGUAGUCAUAGUUUAUGUCAAUGACGGCGCCAAAUCUCGCUUUGCAGUUGCUGUUGGCUUCUAUCUUGGCCAAGGACGCGUGCACGUGGCUUAUGACGAAUACUCUGCAACUGACGAGGUCCCAUGGAGAGACUUUGCCAAGAGAGUAUCUGAUAGGUUGUGGAGUGCACCUAUUGAAGAUUGUUUUGUCAGUGGUGUCAAGUGUGCUCACCUUCCGCGGGCUAUUUGGGAUGCGAGAGUUGUUUGGUACAGUGGGAAUAAACAGACCAACGUGAUGAUUGACGUCGAGCGAUGCUCUGGGUGUUGUAUUGGGCCACGCGAACGCAUUGCUGCGUCUAAUGACUGGGAUACUUUUGAUACGCCAGGGUUCAUGAAGACAGUUCACAAUUUUCGUGGGUUGAAGCUAGAUGGCAAGCACGUGUGGUUUUACGAGUGUUCUGAUCAAAGGACUAUACUGGGUGACUAUGGUGCCUAUUCCAACGGCACUUUCGAACCUUGUGGUAACAUAUUUGAAGAUAUGCAAGCACUUGGCAUCGACCCUGUGGACCCAGCUUACCACCCAGUGGUCUCCUGCGUAUCCAGUGACUCCAAUGUAUUGCAUGGCAAACACGACAGCCUUGCAAUCGAAUUUCGCUUUCAGGACAAAUGCCUGACGUGCUAUUCACCGAUGGGCCUCUCACUUCCGACAAAUCAACAACUCGUGCUGCUGCUGAAAGCAUUCUCUUCGCAUCUUACAGGCAAACAUCUGGUGACAACAGUCAUACAAUGCUCGGACAUCUCCAGAGGUGACAGGGAGGGAGGACGGAGAGACUCGGAGAGUGGUGAAUGUUCGCUGAGGACUGUGUCUUGUUUCCGUUUUGACCUUGAGUAUCAGAUUCGGCAUCUAAGAGUAACGAUUCCUUCACAAAGCCAAGCAGUUGUGUCCCUUUCUGCACCAUUGCGAGUCCACAGGUUUGGCGAAGAGAACCUCCCAGCGUAAGAAGAAGGGGACAUUUCAGAAGCAUUCGACAAAACUUUUACACUAUAGCACCGCAUCGGUCUAUAGGAGCCGAAGCUGGUCAUGGUUCUGCGAGUAAGUGGAUGAAGCAUGGUGCGGUCAAGUUCCUCUCA